AUGACUUCAGACCAGACCCGCAUCGCUCGCUGGCUCCAGACUCAAGACGCCGCUGCACACCAAGGCCCGCCGCUGAGUCCGGGGAACGAAUUCCCCCUUCGCACCCUGCCCUCGCUCCCCUCCGACAGCUCGCUCUCCGACCACGACUCGGAUGCAGCCGCCAGACCCGCCCCCGGCAUCGACAUCUGCACACUGACCCAUCCGCCAGCCCUUACCAUGACGACGGAUGACCACACGGCUGCCCGAAGACGCUCCUCCUCGCUCGCCGGCGCCAUCCUGCCCACCACCAAAGACGCUUCCAAGAAGCACCGCCGCCGCCGCUCCGACCACAUCGCCGAGGAAGGCGAGGACGACGACGCCGCUGACGGCACCACCAGCGACGACGACGGCACCACCAGCGACAGCGACGACAUGAGCGCCGACGGCCUCGACGACGACGAGGAGACGGGCCUGACCAAGCGCGACAGGCGGCGUCGCCGGCGCAGAAAGCGGCGGAACACGCUGCUGGACCAGCGCAUUGUGCACGACGACGACACGUACACCAAGGAGGAGAAGAAGCUGGCCGACCAGAACCUCCUCAAGUCGAUGCUGGUCAACGCCGUCCUCAUCUGCCUCUGGUAUCUCUUCUCCAUAUCCAUAUCCGUCUACAACAAGUGGAUGUUCAAGGAGGCCAAGGACGACGGCGAGACCACAAACAUCUUUCCCUUUCCUUUGUUCACCACCUGCCUGCAUAUGGUCGUCCAGUUUACCCUCGCAUCCCUUGUGCUGUUCCUCGUGCCCGCCUUUCGCCCCGGCCAUGAUUCCCUCAACCCGAGGGCACGCGCAGAGCCCGCCGAUCCCAAGAAGCCCCUCAUGACAAAGUGGUUCUACUUUAGCAGGCUGGGGCCGUGCGGUGCCGCGACAGGCAUGGAUAUUGGCCUUGGCAACACGAGCCUCAAGUUCAUUUCUUUGACAUUUUUCACAAUGUGCAAGUCGUCGGCGCUCGGCUUCGUCCUCCUUUUCGCCUUCCUCUUCCGCCUCGAGCAGCCGUCGUGGCGGCUCGUCUUCAUCAUUCUCAUCAUGACGAUUGGCGUCGUCAUGAUGGUGGCCGGCGAGGCUGCCUUUCACACGCUCGGCUUCAUUCUCGUCAUGGUGUCGGCAUGCUCGUCGGGCUUCCGCUGGUCGCUCACGCAGAUUCUGCUCCUGCGCAACCCCGCUACGGCGAACCCGUUUUCGUCCAUCUUCUUCCUUGCGCCCGUCAUGUUCCUCAGCAUAUUCAUUCUCGCGAUACCCGUGGAAGGCUUCCCCGCGCUUUUGGAGGGCUUUUCACACCUGUUUGAAACCAAGGGCACGCUUCUUGGCAUUGGCAUUCUUUUGUUCCCCGGCGUGCUGGCCUUCCUCAUGACGUCGUCCGAGUUUGCUCUGCUGAAGCGGACGUCGGUGGUGACGCUUAGCAUUUGUGGCAUUUUCAAAGAGGUCGUCACCAUUGGCACUGCAAACCUGGUGUUCAAGGACCCGCUCACGCCCAUCAAUCUGACGGGGCUUGUUGUGACGAUUGGCAGCAUUGCCGCGUACAACUACAUGAAGAUUAAGAAGAUGAGGGAGGAGGCGCUGAUGAAUGCGCAUCUGCAGAACCAGGACGAGUAUGCGCCGGUCAACACGGUAGACCCUCUGGAGCGCGACCGACGGGGCAGUAUUGUGGUGCGGCCAGGCCAAGGCAUUGUGCGCAACAGCCUGCAGCUUGCGCCUGGUGUAAGUGCAUCGGCAGGCUUGGACAGCCCAGCGAGGACGAGUCCGCUGAAGCGGCCAGAAGACCAUGAGUAGGCAUGCAUGCAUAUAUAUGUCUCUAAAGACGACUAUUUGAACCUCAGAACUUGCGCUGAGUAGGUCUUGUGCACCAUAUCGUUUUUUUUCCUUUCUUUUUUACUGUAUUAGCAUCAGUGGCGUUUGCAGGUAAUCAUGGGCAUGGC